AUGCCAAGCCCAGUUAGCGAUUAUUAUAUUAAAGAAUAUAACGCGGCAGCCGUGAUUGUCGACUCCAAGGAUGAUGGUGUUAUUCGGAUUGGCCUAACCAAGCCACAGCUGAAUGUUAACACGGCGUGGCUUACCGUCAACUCUACACUUGGUUAUGAAGUAGAACUGUGGGCACAAACGGACGAAUGCUAUAAGUGCAACCUAAUGUUAAUCACAAAAAUUGGCAGUCACGGAGUUCAGAGUUUACUAGCAAACGCUACCCACCAAACAGAUCUCAGGUUAAUCCGCGCUAACUCUACUGCCGAUUUUGAAUGUAGGUUCAAGAUGACAUUUCGAGAGGGAGGCGACUAUUGGAUAUUCCUUGACCAUCCAGCUGAAGCCCAGGAACCGUCAUGCAAGCUGAUUCUGGCCAAUGAUCCAAAAAUUGCUGAACUGCCAAUAUUGUAUGUCAUUAUUGGACUUAUCGGGCUGGCCUUUGCCUAUGCUGCAGGCAAGAAACUCUAUGCUUACAUCAGACGGACGACCGUUCACAAGAGUGACAGUAUGGAAGUGACUAGUACCAGCGAUCAAGAUGGAGGGGAUGUUUUGCGCAUGAACAAUGGCAGGACGGAGAGGGAAGACAAUCCUGGGGAAACAAACAAAGGGGAACCUGAAAAGCCAAAGCAAAAACAACGCCUCAAAUCACUGGAUACAUUUCGUGGCAUAACCCUGAUAUUGAUGAUAUUUGUCAACUAUGGCGGUGGAGGAUAUUGGUUCUUCGAGCAUGCUGCGUGGAAUGGACUUAAUGUUGCAGAUCUUGUGUUCCCUUGGUUUGUCUUUAUGAUGGGAGUGUCCAUGAACUUCUCAUUCAGAAGCAUGUUCCGCCAGGGCUGGAGUGUACCCAGGAUCGUUUGGAAGAUUGUCUGGAGGGCAGCUAAACUGUUUUUGAUUGGGUUCAUGCUGGGGACACACUUUAAAACUGCAGACAUGGAAAAGGUUCGAGUUAUGGGAGUUCUGCAAAGAUUAGCCUUGACCUAUCUUGUGUCUGCUUUGAUUCACUACUGCUGCACGCGCAGGUCUGACUCGCAUCAGGAUACUAAAUGGGCUAUGGUUCGAGACUUGGUCUUGUAUGUUCCCGAAUGGUCGGUUAAUCUGCUUCUGUUGGCCGUGCACUCAAGCUUGGUGUAUGCUCUCCCAGUGCCGGGAUGUCCCAGAGGGUAUGUUGGCCCAGGAGGCAUCAGCGAGGGCGGCUUGUAUGCGAACUGUACGGGCGGGGCUACAGGAUAUAUAGACGCUGUGGUACUAGGGUACCAACACUUGUACGGUCAUCCUACAUCUGAGGUGGUAUAUCAGACAGUGCAACCUUUUGACCCCGAAGGACUUCUGGCAACUCUGAACAGCGUCUUUCUCUGUUUUCUCGGAAUCCAGUGUGGAAGAAUUAUAUUGAUCUACCAGGGGCAUAAGCAGAGGCUUCUUCGCUUCCUGAUAUGGGCAGUUGCUUUGGGUGCACUAGCAGCUCUGCUGACCAAAUGUAGUAGAGAUGAUGGAUGGAUUCCCCCUAAUAAAAAUCUCUGGUCAUUUUCAUUCACGUUGAUAACUGCAUCAUUCGGAUUCGUAUUUCUGUCCGGAAUAUACAUUGUUACUGAUCUGUUUGGAGUAUGGGCGGGGCAGCCGUUUAUUUAUCCAGGAAUGAACAGUAUUGUGAUCUACGUCUGCCAUGACAUUUUCUCCAAUACAUUCCCCGUGUCCUUCGAAGUUGACCACCAACACUGGAAGCUGCUGCUGCGCUGUGUAUGGGGCACGUCCUGUUGGGUGAUCGUGGCCUACUGGCUUUACAUCAAAAAGAUCUUUAUUGCACUGUAA